ACCGUCGCUGUCGACGCAGCGAGUUUUCGGUGUUCGCCUCGUUGCUAUUGCUGCCCGUUGCUGCCGUCGCCGUUUUCAGUUUUUGUUUGACGUUCGCGUGGUGCGCUCGCAUGUUGCGGCCCGUUAUCGUUAUCGACAUCGAUACGUUACCGUUUACCGUUACCGUUGCCGUUCUUUCGAAAGACGUUGCCAAAAACAAAAGCCGUUAACCGACACACAAAAACAAAGAAAUUUUUGAAGAACAGCUGUUCUCUGGCUCCUGCUCGUGUUCCUGUUUCUUGCCUCAAUUACUGCUAAUCCCGCCGCGUUCCGCGCGUCCUUAUUUUUGGUUUUAACACUUAGCUGCGUCGCGAUUCGAUGCGAUUCGAUUUUUUUUCGAGCACACAAGAAGUUGUUGCCAAAGUUUUUUUCAAGUGAGUUACUUGCCAAGGAAUACAACAACUCAACAACAACAACAACAACGCCCAGCUCCUUCCCUGCGAAAGAAAGUGUCAAGUGGAUUACUAGCAAGAAGAAGAAAAAGAAGCUUAACAACACAUACAAAUCAUAAAUAACAACAACAACAAAAUCAGCUGCCAGCUGUCGCGUGUUUUGCCGCCGGCAUAAAACACAACAACACACGUGCUCCACACAUCUCGCUCGGUCUCUCUUUAUACCGCUCUUGGCCGCUCUCUCGCCCCCUCCCUCACUCGCACCUGCACUCACUCUGCCUGAGUGGGUGCGCUUGUGUGCGUGUGUGCGUGUGUGUGCGCACGCGUUCGUCGCGCUUGUGCGUGUAGCAUUAUCAUCGUGACCAUUAUCAUCUCGCCCCCCAGCUUCGAUAUAUUCGAUAACAAAAUUCUCACCGAGGCAUCCAAAGCGCCCCUCAGGGCUGUCGCGCUGGCGUCAUUUCUGGGCGACGGUUUUGCCGCCCUCGGUAGCCGAGCACCACCCGUCAAGGAUCUAAUGGCAUUUGGUGCGGUCCUGCACACAAAUCAGCACAAUAUAGGUCGCAGCGAGCCGCCGGUCGGCGUUGGCGAUCCUUGUGCCGGUUGCAAUAAACCCAUAUUGGACAAAUUUCUGCUAAACGUGCUGGAGCGAGCCUGGCACGCGUCCUGUGUGAGAUGCUGUGAAUGCCUGCAGCCGCUGACGGACAAAUGCUUCAGCCGCGAGUCCAAGCUGUAUUGUCGCAACGAUUUCUUCAGACGUUACGGCACCAAAUGCAGCGGCUGCGGUCAGGGCAUUGCCCCCUCGGACCUGGUGCGCAAGCCGAGGGACAAGGUGUUCCAUUUGAACUGCUUCACAUGCUGCAUUUGCCGCAAGCAGCUGAGCACCGGCGAGCAGCUGUACGUGCUGGAUGACAAUAAGUUUAUCUGCAAGGACGACUAUCUGCUGGGCAAGGCGCCAUCCUGCGGCCACAAUUCGCUGAGCGAUUCAUUAAUGGGCUCGGCGAGCGAAGACGAAGACGACGAUGAUCCGCCACAUUUGCGUGGACCGGCGCUGGGAUUGGGCGUGCUUGGACCGAAUGGGCCAGACUCAGCGGGUGGACCGCUGGGCACCUCGGAUAUAUCAGUACAAAGCAUGAGCACCGAUAGUAAAAAUACGCAUGACGAUUCUGAUCAGGGCUCCUUGGAUGGUGAUCCCGAUGGACGCGGCGAUUCUCAGGCGGAGAACAAAAGUCCCGACGAUGCCAACGGCUCAAAGCGACGCGGACCCCGCACCACCAUCAAGGCCAAACAGCUGGAGGUACUGAAAACGGCAUUCAAUCAGACACCGAAACCGACACGCCAUAUUAGGGAGCAACUGGCCAAGGAAACGGGACUGCCUAUGCGCGUGAUACAGGUCUGGUUCCAGAACAAACGCUCCAAGGAGCGUCGCAUGAAGCAAAUCACCAGCAUGGGCCGUCCGCCGUUCUUUGGCGGCGCGCGCAAGAUGCGCGGCUUUCCCAUGAAUCUCUCGCCGGGCGGGCUAGACGAUGGACCCGGCUUUCCCUACUUUGCUGCAGAUGCUAAAUUCGAGUUCGGCUACGGUGGGCCCUUCCAUCCGCACGAUGGCCCCUUCUUUCCCGGCCAUCCCGGCGGACCGAUGCCCUUCAAUGCGCCAGGUGGACCAAUGGAUCACAGCGGCCCCAUACCAAUGGUCAAUGAGUUUGGCCUGACGCCCGAGUCAACAUUUCUGAGUCAGGCGGGCGCACCGCCAAUGCAGCUGCAAACGGCUGUGGGGCCGCCGCCGCCGCCGCCACCAAAUGCCGCUGAGCACUUGCUGCAACAGGCGGCCGCGCAGCAGCAGCAGCAACAGCAGCAGCAGCAGGCGGCACAAAAUGCGCAACAAGCAAGCCAAACGCAGCAGCAGCAACAACAAAAUGGCCCGCGCACCGCAUCUCCCGAGUUCAUGAGCUCGGCGAACUUCAGCGAACCACAGAAUAUGCAAAAUGAAGGUCUCGUUUGGUAAUAUACAAAACAGUUGGCAACGCGCCUGCUUUUUCUUAAGACCUACACGCAGCGGCAGCAGCAGCAGCAACAACAACACGAGCAGGAGUAGCAGCAGCAGCCAAAACAACAACAAUAACAGCAGCAGCAACAACAACAACAUAAACAGCAGCGGCAGUGACAAAGCUUCGUCGCUGCCGUCGCGUCAGCGUCGUCGUCGUCGUCGUUGUCUUCGCUGCCGCCGCCCACUGCGCGCACACUGUUGCCAUCUCGCUUUGACACACCAGCGAGCCGCAAGCAGCACGCGUCGUUUUAGAGCGAGACAGCUGCCGAAUUGUGCGCUCGCUCGCUCGCAAUUCAAAUGAGGAGAAAUUUCGUCGUUGGCUGGCCCUGCCUCGCACCCCCGCCGCUACGCCACCUACAAACCAAAAUGCGCUGCCUUUGGCCAAAAAACAGCUGCUCAGCUUGGUUUUGUUGUUUUUAUUAUUAUUCUGUUUAUUGUUUUAGUC